GAAACCGGGGCGGUGGGUAUUUUUAAGACUGACAGCAUAACCAACCAAUAAUAACACACAAUAACAUUGCAAUGCUCACACAAAGUCGGAGCAUUUUUUAGGGCGGGACUACGACUACCACUCAUUAAACGCAGUAUUGUUGAAGGGGACUGAGAAAGUUUUUAGCUAUUUUUGUCUUCCUUCAUGAUGUUUUUCUCUCGUCACGCCGGAUCAACCUGGUUUGGAAUACCGUAGUUGUGGAUCGAUACUAAGAACAGUUGGUGUUGUCCUGCUACGAGACGAUUUUGUGCGUUUAGCAAAUGUUUCUAAAUUCCCAGCUAGUUAGCUAGCCUGCUUGCUACUGAGCGUGGUGCAAAUUCCGCAGGUUCUGUCAUGACAGCCUUCACAUGUAACGUUGGAAUUAUGCAUGCAUGCAUUGCGUUUGAUUAAUGCAGCACAUGUGGUCUGCUUACAAAGUAUUAUUUUGUAACAUUUAUUUUAGCUUCUGGUAUUUUUAAGAGACACACUGGCAAGUUUUGACAGAUAUGCUGUUGAGGCAGGCUAGCUAGCAAACUAAACAUUAGCGGGUUCGGUGACUCACUGCAGCCAUGCAUACCCGAAAUGAACUCGGCGUCACCACCGUCAUUUGCCACAUAAGACUACAGAAAAGACUUUGCUCUGACAAAAGGCCUUAUUAAUGUUGAGUUUCCAAGACUGCCUUGCUCAAUCACUAGACAUUGCCACAUUUUUGCGCUCGGGAUUCUAUGACAUACUCAAGUUAUUCUCAGCUAGAUUCAGUUGAAUCGCUGAUUAACGAGCUUCCCUAUAUGUUUUAUCUGGGCCUGUUUUUUGUUAACGUUUUGAUCUUGUACUAUGCCUUUCUAAUGGAGUACAUAGUCCUUAAUGUCGGGAUAGUAUUUCUGCCAGAGGACAUGGACCAGGCACUGGUGGAUUUGGGCGUGCUAUCUGACCCGGGGUCUGUUCCCUAUGACACGGAUACAGAGCUGGAUGUUUUCGAAGGGUACCUUGAGUGAGCGUGUUAUAAGGUAUACAAACUCGCCAAUGAUGCUCUGCUUCAGUAGAGAGUGCUGGACGUUAUGGCACACCUUUUUUGAUGCGUGUGCAGUGCCAUUGAAAACGCCAGAACCUUUUCAUGCAAAAAGGCCCUCUUCAUUAAACACUAUAUCCUGGUUCAAGAACUGUUGGACCCCUUGAUCCAGAUGAAGGUCAGUCUCCCCAUGGGUGGAAAAUGUGCUGUCUGAACAUGACUGGACCAAAAUAUGUAUGCAGAGACACCAAUACAGCCCUCCUCCUCCGAGCACAGGUCACAGAAAAUCUUGACCUGCCUCUUGUUUCCAGCACUCCAAGAAGAAGGUAGAGGCUUGACCUCCUUGCGCAAGAUUAAGCCCAUCUCUGUUUGCAUCUCAGCACUCAAUCCUGCAGUUGCAUUUCAGAUACAAAUCUCUACCUGCCAUUUCUAACCUGCAUGUUUAGCUAAAAAAAGCAAUAAACACUAAGGAUGAUAAGGUAUCUGGAGUAGGGGUGUUAUACUGUCAUCAUUCACAUAUUUUAAAACAUGUGUACAGUUCUGUUACUAAGGCACAAUAGAUGGACAACAUUUGAACAAUAAGUGAUUAACUGCCAGUAACAAAUUACCCAACCAGAAACUGGGCCUCUGUUGAUGCCCUUUGGUCCUAAACGUAGGCAAGUAAAAAAAAAAAAGAUUUUGUUUAUGUUUUUAUGAGAAGGAAACAAACAUGUUUAUCACAUGUUCAAAGUUUUCCUUUUUUGACUCCCUCAGAAUGAUACUGCACCUUUUUCUACAGGAUGAUUUAAUACAUCAUAUUUAACAUAUAUAUUUAUUAUAAUUAUUAUUAUUAUUAUUAUUAUGUGGUCAGUUAGGCUGAUAUUUUGAAAGGGUAGUGUAUGAUUAUGACAAUCAAUGCAUGCAUCGUUUGUUCCUGAAUAGUCCUACUUUUUGUGUUUCUUUUCUUCUCUGAUCUAGAUUUUCACAAGACAGUAAGUGUGCAGAUGUCUCACUUCUGAAUUGCUUCAAAGGUUUUUGUUUAGUUAUGUUUCGAGUAAAAUGGAAUUGAUGAGCACCCAAAAGUGCUAUAUUUAGCUUUUUCAUCUGUUGCACACAAAUGUAUAACAAACAUGGCAGGAAUUGAGAGGAAGAUGCAUUUAUUUUAGAAUUUUUAUUAUGGUUAUUUUAGAUACCAUGUCUUCAUGAUCAUAGUAUGAAGAAGUCUACUGUUGUUCUAUGAGUGUGUGAUUGCCGUACCAUGUUAAGGAGCUGUACCUGUAAUGCUCUGUGCAAGUACUGUACUUUGCUGGUAUGUACAAGAAGGAAUGACCUGUCGGCAUAGCUGGUAUGUGUUUUACAGCUCUGCACCAUAGAGGCAUAAUAUGGACUUGGAAAUUGUCAUAGGUUUGGGAACACAUUCAUUUAUCAGACAGUUAAAAAAAAUGAGGGAGAAUGUAGCUACAGUUUGCUCCAUUUUGUACUUGUACAAAAAAAUAAGUAAAAAAUGAUUCUAACAUUACUCAUCCCAUUUGUAUAAUAUCUCAGCAGUAGAAAUAUUCAUUCCCCCCCAUGCUAUUGGCCUAAUAUGGUUGCUGAUGACCGCUACUCUAAAAUAUUAAGAAGAUAUCAGAAAAUGUCAUAUGGACAGUGUUCUGCUUUAUCAACAGAAAUGUCAAUUUUUGCACAGAGGAUUAUGUGAACUGCUUUCUCCAGUAUAAUUAAUUUCCAGCAACUGAACUGACCAGCACGGGGGUGCUUCAUUAACGUGCAGCCACCAUGUAGCCUAGUGUUACUAUUACCAGAAAGAAAUCAUACUGAUAUGAGAAUAAGACUGACUGCAGAAAACAGAUGUAAUAAUUGUUUUAUUAUAAAAAGUCGUAGAAGAGUGUGUAAAAAAAGAGACCUUAAAAGGCUUAGUGCAGACAGAGCACGUCUGUUACAGACGUCGGGUUUAAGCACUGUAGUGUGCAUGGUGGGUUAGCAGCGUGGAGGGACUUCUUUCCUCUCAUUAUCAUCUAGGAAUGCUGAAUCCUUAUCCUCUUGUCCUGUUGAUGCAGAUGCUGGAGUAUACCAUAUGGUAUGUAAUGGUUCCACAUCCUUUGAAAGAAAAAUAGUGCUGUUUAUUUUUGCAACAAUGUGCAACAAAAUAUCAUCCAAUGCAGUUAAGCAAUAAAUCAUCAUUUGAGCAGUGUGGGACAUA